GAGACGAAGGAGCUGCGCAGCGGGUCUGUGGGCUGAAGAUGGCGGACAGAGAGAACGCUCUCGGAACUGCUUAUUCAGGAACCUCUGAGAUGGACGAGCCUAUUGCAAAAAGGUCAAAAAUCAAUUCGGUGACCAACCACGGACCUAGAGCCAUAGAAACGGAUACAAUCUCUUGCGUUUCGCCGGCCAUUGGGAGCCGGGAAGAGGCGGGGAAUUGUGCCGAGACAGCGGAGAAGAAGGAAGCGAAGCCGGUGAUGAUGGCGGUGGAGCAGGCCCUGGCAUCGCGAGGCGGGGACAACAAUGGACUGAGUCUGCCGGUCUCCGAGCCGCACAAACUAGCUGGGCAAUUAGGCGACAGCACCGCCUUUGGUGCAACUGAGGAAGGUGCCGAUUUUCUUGGACAUAACGAUCUGCUUUGCAAUGGUCUUGCUGUCACACCAGAGCACAUUGAUGAGGAAGAUGACAGAUCUUCACAUGCAAGUUCCAGUGACUGGACUCCUCAACCGCAAAUAAAUUCAUACAGUUAUAUACAGCAGCACAUCAGAGAGACAGAUCCACGGGCCAUUCUGAGGGAUCUGCUUCCUGAAACCAUCCUCCCUCCAGACCUGGAUGAUAUGACGUUAUGGCAGAUAAUCAUCAACAUUUCUGAGCCUCCAAAAAGAAGAAAACGAAAGGAUAUCAACACCCUGGAAGACGUGGUGAAGCUGCUUCAUGAAAGCAAAAGGAUCCUAGUCCUGACUGGAGCUGGUGUGUCCGUUUCAUGUGGAAUACCAGAUUUUCGCUCCAGAGAUGGAAUUUAUGCACGACUUGCUGUAGAUUUUCCUGAUCUUCCAGAUCCUCAAUCAAUGUUUGAUAUUGAAUAUUUUAGAAGAGACCCUAGACCCUUUUUCAAGUUUGCUAAGGAGAUCUUCCCCGGUCAGUUCCAGCCAUCGCCCUGUCACAGAUUUAUAUCAAUGCUGGAUAAACAAGGGAAGCUGCUUCGCAAUUACACUCAAAACAUUGAUACGUUGGAGCAAGUGGCCGGAGUUCAGCGAAUCAUCCAGUGCCAUGGAUCAUUUGCUACUGCUUCGUGUCUUGUCUGUAAACACAAGGUGGAUUGUGAGGCGAUAAGGGCUGACAUCCUCAAUCAGGUCGUCCCCCGUUGCCCCCGGUGUUUGGACAUUCCUCUGGCCAUCAUGAAACCUGACAUUGUGUUUUUUGGAGAGAAUCUUCCAGAACUUUUCCACAGAGCCAUGAAGCAGGACAAAGACGAGGUCGACCUUCUGAUCGUCAUCGGGUCGUCUCUAAAAGUCCGACCGGUCGCCCUCAUCCCGAACUCCAUUCCUCAUGAAGUGCCUCAGGUUCUGAUCAACAGGGAGCCGCUGCCUCAUCUGAACUUUGACGUGGAGCUGCUGGGCGACUGCGAUGGCAUCAUCAACGAACUCUGCCAUCGGCUGGGCGGAGACUUCGAGCAGCUCUGCUUCAACACUCUAACCCUCAACGAGAUCACAGAGAAACCGCCGCGGUUAGCAGAGCCGCCGCCGCCGGACGAGGCUUCCACUGACCCAGCGGACAAACCUCCAGAAGAGACAGAGAGCAAGAAUGUCAAGGAAACUGUAACGCCGUCCGAGCCUUGUUCGAACGCGGCGAGUCGAAGCACGGAUGACGCCGAGUCGCCGGAGCCUCAGAGAGAGGACGUAGCGAAAGACGAGGCGGGCGAGGCGAAGAGCCAAACCUCAGUGCUGGACAAUCGAAAGCGAUACUGGAUGAGUCGGGUCAGCAGGAGUCCAAUCAGCAAACGGCUUGAAGGCGGUCAGUACCUUUUCCAAGCACCGAAUCGAUACAUCUUCCACGGCGCCGAGGUCUACUCCGACUCAGAGGAGGACGAGACGUCGAGUUCCUGCGGGAGCGACAGCGACGGCUCCGACUGCAGCCAGGACGGGCCGGAGGACUGCAGCGAGGCCGAGGACGGCGCCCGGCCGGCGGGCGACGAGGCGACCCACAGAGACACGUUACCACUAAACGAAGAGGCCACGCCCACUCUGCAGACGGACUUCACAUCAGAACACUCUGAGAGGACCACACAUCUCUAGGCGUACAUUUCACAAAGCACUAACUGUCUUCUUGGGUUUAUAUAUAUAUAUAUACAUAUAUAUAUAUAUAAAAGACGCAUAAAUAUGUUCUUAUAUUUUUGGCUGUCAUACUUACUGUUAUUUUUUCAUAAAGCUGAAAUGGCAUCUCACACGUGUGCAUAAACAUAGCAGGUCUCUUCUUGUUCGGGUUGGUCGAAAGCUUCAUGAGCUGUUUGGUUUCGUUUCAUUGCAUCCAUUUUUUCUCUUAAAUUCACCCACUCUGUUCCUGCAACACUUUGUUCUAUGACGGUAUUUUAAAGCCACUGUAAAUGGGGGGAAAAAGACAGAAUUUCUAACAAAACAACUCAACAAUUUCUGAGUUUGGAAAGUUUAACAAUUGCUUUAAAGAGAUCUGAAAUUUUGAGAUGAGUCUUGGGAAUUUCCUCGAAGAAACUUGAAAAUUUGCGAGUUUUAAAAGUUGAAAAUUGUUAGAAAAAAUAAGAAAUAUUGAGAUCCCACAAUUUUUCUAGAAAGAUUUUGAUUUCUGAGUUUGAAAAGUUGAACAUUUUCCUGAAAAAACAUAUUUGAGAUUAAUCUCAGCAAUUUUUGAAUUUGGAAAGUUGAAAAGUUGCUAGAAAAAAAAUCUGAAACUUUCAGAUUAAUUUCAGAAACUUUCAUAAAAAACCUUGAAAAAUUGGAGUUUCAAAAGUUAAAAGUUUUUUCCUUAAGGAAAUUUUAGUCCAAAUUCUAGACAUUUUAUAAAAAUUUGAGAAUUUCAAAUGUAUGACUUCUUUCUAGCAAAUUUUCAACUUUUAAAAGUCAGAAUUUUUUUUUUUUUUUUAGAAAAUUUCAAAGAUUAAUCUAAAAAUUUCAGCAUUUUUCUAGCAACUUUUCAAACUCAGAAAUGGCCACGUUUAUUCUUUCUAGACAACUUCUGAGAUUAAUCUAAAAAUGUGAGUUUUUUGGUGAAAAUAUACUCUGUUUUUAUGGGGUUUUUUUUACCCAUCUACAAUGGCUCUGAUUCACGGUCAUAAUGUUGAGUUUUGUUCUCCUAAAUCGCUCUGAUUCUGACAGUGGUUUCUGAUUAGGAAGCAUGUACAUUUAGAAGCCUGCUGCCUGUUUAUUACUGGAUUCUCAAGAGUUUCAGGCACAUUUUUUGCUGAUUUGUUAACCUGCAUGAGAUAUAAAGUUCAGUUUUCCCCCUUUCUUUGGGUAAAUUAUGGAAAUAAGGAACAGUACUCUUUAAUUUCAAACCAAAGAAGGUAUUACCUGCACACUCAUCUGUGGUUUUGUACGUCCUGUCCUUUAAAAUCUUCAUUGGGCAGCUACUUUUCUGGUCAAGCCUCUUAUUUUUAUAUUUGGGAGUGAGACAUACUCGUCAACGGGUAGAUGGUAGUUUUUAAUUUGUAUAAAGUUGUACCAGAGGCUUUAUAUGGAGGAGAGGUCUGGCUAUACUGAGCUGUAAGCUGUAGAAAUAUACUCUAAUCGAAAACCGGCACUUUUUUCUUUUCUGUACGACGUCCGGUUUUGUUGCCUCUCUUUGUUUUAGAGGGAAACGGAACUAAAAUCCUGUUAGAUUGGCUACAGCAAAACAUUACAUAUGCUUUUUGGAGGCUGAUGUUUUGUAAACCAGAUUUAAAGAAAUGUUUUUAUAUCAUAACUGUUUCUUCUUUGGGGUCUGACUAAAAAACAAACAGAAAG